UAUAUACUCCAGAAUCCACUCCCCCACUCCACUCGCCCUCUCUCCCCCGAGUCUUCCCGAGUACUUCUGUGUGUUCAUAGCCGUGAGAUCAGAUCAGAUCGACCAAAGAAGAAGAAGAAGAAGAAGAAGCGAGGGAGAGCAGGCGGCGGAGGAUGGCGGACUGGGCGCCGGUGGUGGUGGGGGUGGUGCUCUUCGUGCUGCUGUCGCCGGGGCUGCUGUUCGAGAUGCCGGGGUCGCACCGCCACGUCGACUUCGGCGGCCUCCACACCAACGGCAAGGCCAUCUUCGUCCACACCCUGCUCUUCUUCGCCGCCUUCACCAUCCUCACCCUCGCCCUCCACAUCCACAUCUACGCCGGCUAGAUAGAUCGAUACACCAUGUACUACCAGUAGCCUAGCUCCUGCCUGUCUGCGUACUCUUCUCUUGCUCGGUCGAUCGAUCCCCUCCAUGUAAUCCGCUUGUAAUCCGUGCUUGCCGGAUCUCUCUGUACUGCCAUCGGUUGAAGAAGAAGCGUGUUGAGGUGCUGCGCUAUGCCUGUUCAUUUA